AUGGGACAAUCCGGUGAUACGACUAAUAAAAGACAAAAUUCUUUUAUGAGUGGAGCGGCAGACAAAGGUAAAUUAUUACCGCCGAAUUGCACUAGGUACGAAUCCAGUAGCCAGGAUGAUUCUUCAGGUCAUGAAGAAGGCAUUCGAUACCCUGCAGUGAACGAAGAACGUUCUUUAUUGGCACAAUCGAAAAUAAGCUACGAAAAUAGUGGAAAUUCUGUCGCUGAAGGGAGUUUUGAACGAGAAAAAAAUCUUUUAAAAAAUACAAUUAGAAUUCCCAAUAGACACGAAAAUGAUGAUACUGGGUUAGAAAACCGAAUAGUUUUAAAAAAAACAGAUACGACAGUACUAGUCGAAUUGAAAUCAUUACUUUUUUCGUCGGCUCCAUUGGCUAUAACUUUUCUAUUACAAUGUUCACUUUCUUCUAUAUCUGUAUUCGCAGCUGGAAAUUUAGGGACUGUAGAAUUAGCUGCUGUAUCAAUAGGUUCCUUGACGACAAAUAUGACAUGUUACGCUAUUGUUCAAAGUAUUAUUGCGGCUCUAGAUACCUUAUGCCCUCAAGCUUUUGGUGCGAAAAAGUAUCAUCUUGUUGGAACUUAUGUUCAAAAAUGUGUUGCCAUGAACUUUGCUAUUAUGUUACCCAUAUUAUUUAUUUGGUUAUUCUUCGGAUAUGAAAUAAUCAUGGUUUUUCUACCUGACAAUAGAAGCGCUGAGUAUGCAGCAUUGUAUUUACGAUAUAUUGUACUAGGGAUUCCUGCUUACAUUUUGUUUGAAUGUGGUAGGAAAGCUCAAGGAAUUUAUCAUGUUUCAACAGCUGUUUUAUCAUUUGCUGCCCCAUCGAAUCUAGUAAUGAAUUUACUUCUUGUAAAGAUUUUUGGGUUUAUUGGAAUACCGAUUGCGAUAUCAGUUAAUUAUUAG